UGAGAAGGCUCGAGCUCGUACAAUAAUUAGACUUCCCCCGAACACUCAACCAUCAUGGAAGAGAUCGUUGACCGCGUUUACAUUGGAAGCCUGUACACAGUCCGUGCCGGCACCCUCCUGAAGGCGAACGGCAUCACCCAUGUCGUCUCUGCUCUUACAGACGCCGCAAACGUUCUGAAGAUUGGAAACCCUCUCAGACCCAACAUCACCACCCUCCAACUUGACGUAGACGAUACUGACGACGAAGACCUCCUUCGCCACAUCCCCACCUCAAACACCUUCAUCACUGCCGCCCUUGAGGCCUCGCCAACAAAUAAGGUCAUGAUCCACUGUGUUGCAGGCGUAAGCCGCUCCGCAACCCUCCUUGCUGCAUACCUCAUGAGCACUCUCAAGAUCGGCCUGGAUGAUGCAUUGCGGAUGAUGAGGGAGAAGAGACCACAGGUUGAGCCAAACCCAGGGUUUAUGCGACAGUUGGGGAUUUAUGAAAGUGAGGGGUGUCCGCAUGGGAUCGAGGAUACUACGGGCUACAGGAGGUGGAAGAGGGAGAUGGAGUCGUUUACGGCAGGGGCAAAUGGGAGGGCACCGGUUGUUGCGCAGUAUGAGAGUGUGGAGAGGACAGCAGGAAUGUCUAUUGGGCCCGUGGGUGUUUCGUUACCAGGCCAGGCUGGAGGACUUGCAAUGGAACAUGCUGCGAAGACUGUGGCUCAGAACAGUGAGGGUGUCAACAUGGUUGCAACAUCACAUCCCUUCGCUCGCCCAACAAUGUCAUCACCUUCGGCUUCUGCAACAACACGUCAAACCAAAGAUGUCGAACUUCGCUGCAAAAAAUGCUCCCACUCCAUUGCCCAGCGAAAACACAUCAUCCUUCACACCCCCGAAAAGCACUUCUCCACCCGCCGCUACUCCCCCCAAUCCUUCACGCCACAAUCCGUCCUCCCAACCCAAUGCGGUCUCUACUUCCUCGACCCAAUUAUCUGGAUGAAGCCUGAACUCGACAAGGGCGAGAUCGAGGGGAAGUUUGGGUGUCCUAAGUGUGGGAGUAAGAUUGGGAAUUAUGCGUGGCAGGGGAUGACGUGUAGUUGUGGGGAGUGGAUUACACCGGGGUUGGCGGUGCAGAGGGGAAGGGUUGAUGAGGUUCCUAGGAGGGGUCAGGUUAUGUUGCCGCCGAGGAUGUGAUAGUACGUGAUGCGGGGUUGUGGCCGUGACGUGCCCGGGGAGCAUGCGCCAGAUGGAGGAGACACCACCGGAAACUGUUGUGAGAAAGGGUAGACCUAGACAGAAAGGCCGUG